AUGUCAGAAGAGAAACCAAUAGUGGAAGGGACUAGCAGCGAGAUACCGCAACAGGUGUUACCCUUGGAAAUAAUAGACCGCUCUAUUGGGAAAAAGGUGAGAGUGCUAAUGACAAGCGAUAAAGAAUUCUACGGAACAUUAAUUGGAUUUGACGACUAUGUUAACAUGGUAUUAGAGGACGUUCAAAUGACUAGUAAUAACAAAGAUGAGAGUGGGCAAAUCGCUAAGAAGAUGCUUUUAAAUGGUGGACAAAUUGCUAUGAUAGUACCCGAAGUUCAUGCGGGAGAUGAUUGA